AUGAGACUACAAAGCCAGCUCCCGGCGCUCUUCGCAAGCGUCGGCGUUGCGGCUCACAUUUUUGGUGGUGCCUCUUCGUCUUCACAGACUAUUAUUUCGUCGUCUGAUUCCGAAUCAUCCUCUGCGCCGCACUAUCGCGAUACACUGCUGCACCUUCACAAGUCGCUUGUCGAAAUUCCUUCCGUCUCGGGUUCUGAAGCCGCCGUCGGACAUUUCCUUGCCGACUACCUGACCGAUCUUGGUCUCCGGGUUGAGCUCCAGGCUGUACCUUCAUCGAACGCGGCAGCCGAUGAGAAGCCGAGAUACAAUGUGCUGGCAUGGCCGACGAAGAGCAAAGUACCGAGACCAAAGGUGCUCGUCAGCAGCCACAUUGACACCGUGCCGCCUUUUAUUCCAUACUCAAUCUCCGAGGGCGACAAGGUGACCAGCGACACCGAAAUCAGUGGUCGUGGCAGCGUGGAUGCCAAAGCGGCUGUGGCUGCGCAGGUGACGGCACUCCUGGAUCUGAUCCAAUCCCCGGAGCAUGAAGAUUUCCCGGCAGAGGAAGUCAUGCUGCUCUUUGUAGUCGGCGAAGAGACGAUUGGCGAUGGAAUGCGACACUUUUCCGACUCCCUCGAGCAACUCGAACCGAAGCCAACGUUUGACGCGGCCAUCUUUGGAGAGCCCACCGAAGGCAAGCUCGCAUGUGGGCACAAGGGAUUCUUGGGGUGCACUGUCAAGGCCACUGGCCACGCAGGCCACUCUGGAUACCCAUGGUUGGGCAAGAGUGCCAACGAGGUGCUGAUGCGAGGCUUGGUCAAGAUCCUGGAUGCGGAUUUGGGCAGCAGCGAGAGACUUGGCAACACGACUGUCAACGUAGGCAAGUUUGAGGGCGGUGUCGCAGCCAACGUCAUUCCCGAAAAGGCCGAGGCAAAGAUUGCCGUGCGUAUCGCCAUUGGGCCCCAAGAGACGGGAGCAGUGGUGAUCGAGGAGAGGAUUCGUGACGUGCUCAAGAGCGUUGACGAUGAGGCAUUCGAUAUCAGCUGCAACAAUGGCUACGGUGCGAUUGAUUGCAACUGUGAGGUCAGUGGAUUCGAGAACAUCACUGUCAACUACGGUACAGACGUCGCGAACCUGAAAGGAGACCACACACGGUACUUGUACGGCCCUGGAACGAUCUUUGUCGCUCACGGACCCAACGAGGCGCUCAAAGUCAAGGAUCUUGAAGCUGCAGUUGAAGGCUACAAGAAGUUGAUCUUGCAUGCGCUCAAGAACUAA